AUGAGGGUCGGAGCGUCAUUGCGGAAGGCUGGUGAUGGCGUCGAGAGCGAAGCCAUUGGGCGGAGCAGCAAAGUGGGUGACGGUCUAAAAUUAGGCGAAGUGGUAUAUUGCUUAGGGCACGUGUGCGUCUGCAAAGGGCAAGGUGGAAUAAGCAGCGGCCUGGGUCCCUGCCCGCCUCAAUCUCGUCCCUCACCACUCGCAGCCCAGUGCCGUCCUGCUGUCACUGCUGGCCUUGUACCCACCUGCAAUACUGUUGGUGGUGGUGGUGGUGGUGGUAAUAGCAGCGGUAAUGGUGGUGGUGGUAGAAGCAUGCAUAUACAUGUCACUUUGUCCUUGUGCUGUGCAGUCACGUCAAAUCAAGGCUGGGUGCAGUGGGUGCCGCCCGCCUUGCCAAAGGGCCUUUCCCGGCGGCCUGGUUUGACCAGCUGGCGGAACAAGAGAAGAACAAGGAACCGGGGACGACUCCGCGGUCGAUCCGACUCUGGGUUCGUCUGGAUAAUGGCAGGCCCCGUGCUGGCGCUGGAAGGCUGA